AUGAAUCCCGCCAAGUGCGUUUUUGGAGUUCAGGCAGGAGAUUUCCUGGGAUUCAUGGUCCAUCAAAGAGGCAUUGAGGUCCCUGAGGAUAAAGCAAACGCGGUCAUCAAUGCAUCUCCCCCGCGAACGAAGAAAGAGUUACAGCGACUACUGGGUAGGAUCAACUUUUUGCGACGAUUCAUUUCUAACUCUUCAGGCAAAAUCCAUCCGUUUUCCCCACUGUUGAAGUUGCAAGGACAGAAUGAGUUUGUGUGGGAACCUAAACAUCAAGAGGCUUUCGACAAAAUCAAGGCCUAUCUGGCGAGCCCGCCAGUGCUUGUUCCUUCUAGAGCGGGAUUUCCAUUAAAGUUGUAUGUUUCAGCAGCUGAGGCUUCCAUUGGUAGCCUCCUCGCUCAGGAUGAUGCAAAUGGUGUUGAACAUUCCAUCUUUUACCUCAAAUUCUCGCUACAGUAUGUGCCACAAAGAGGAGUAAAGGGGCAAGCCAUAGCAGACUUUCUGGCACAUCACCCUAUGCUGGAUGUCCCCGCGGUUAGAGAAUUAGAGGUCGCUGCCACAACUUUAGAUCGCCCAGAUUUAGCGUGCUUGCCAGAGUACGCCGCGCUUUAUCAAGCCACAGUCUCACUCCAGCCUUGGGUGUUAUAUUUUGACGGGUCAAGAACAGAUACGCUAGCAGGAGCAGGGGUUGUCUUGGAAAACCCGGCCGGCGAUCGAUUUUCCUACUCUUUCCAGUUGGAGUUCCAGUGUACCAAUAACCAAGCAGAGUAUGAGGCCCUCAUUAUAGGCCUAGAAGUACUAUUGGAAAUGGGAAUCGGAGAUGUACAAAUACUUGGUGACUCUCUCUUGGUUAUCAAUCAGUUGUGCAACGAGUUCAGAUGCAAUAGCUUCACGUUGGUUCCUUAUUGGAACAGGGCAUUAGACCUGUUGGACCAGUUUGAUAACAUACAUCUAGAGUACAUUCCUCGCGAGCGAAAUUUUGCAGCGAACGAGUUGGCCCAACUGGCAACAAGGGUAACAUUGAGAUAUGGCGUGCGGGAGAGAAUCCUUAAAGUCGAGCAUCGCACGCUUCCUUCAUGGAUGGCGAGAAGAGAUCCUCCAGAUGAUACCUCAGUCGCGACCCUGGAACCUAUUGACUUAGAUUGGCGCAUCCCUUUGAUCGCUUAUCUCAAGCAGCCAGAUCCCACUGCCAACAGGAAGAUUCGUUUUCUUGCACUAAAUUACUUUCUUAGAGGUGACGAGCUGCGACGACGAGGUGAAGAUGGCAUAGACUUCAGAUGUGUUUAUGGCUGCGAAGCGAAACAACUCAUGCGUGAAGUUCAUUCUGGCAUUUGCGGUGCUCAUCAAGCAGGUCCAAAGAUGCGAUGGUUGCUCAGACGACAUGGAUAUUUUUUGCCCAGUAUCUUGAAGGAUUGCAUCGCAUUCGCAAAAGGUUGUUUGGACUGCCAAGCUCAUGGGCCGGUCCAGCAUAUCCCUAAUGUUCCAAUGCAACCCAUUAUUAAGCCUUGGCCCGCAAGAGGAUGGGCGCUAGAUUUAAUUGGGAUGAUUCACCCACACUCAUCACUUCAGCACAAGUUCAUCAUCGUCGCGACCGAUUUCUUUACAAAAUGGGUUGAAGCAGAACCUUUGAAAGAAGCAUCUGGUGGUACGUUGCGACAAUUCCUAUUUAGGAACAUCAUAUGCAGAUUUGGUAUCCCAGAAGUUUUUGUUUCUGACCGGGGGGCAGCUUUCAUGGGUGGUGAAGUUGAUAAACUGGCAAAGGAAUGGGGAAUACAGUUCGUCCAUUCCAGUCCUUAUUAUGCUCAGUCUAACGGUCAAGCGGAGGCCAGCAAUAAAAUCAUCAUCACUUUGCUGAAGAAAAUGUUGGAAGCUAAUCCGCGACAAUGGCAUGAGACCCUUUAUGAGACUCUUUGGGCCUACCGCACAUCGAAGCGAAAUCUCACCGCGACUACACCUUAUGCUUUGAUGUUUGGCCAUGACGCAAUCCUGCCUUUGGAAGAACAUGAAGACCUUAGCGAAAAGCGCUUGGAGGCUUUAGAUAGUUUGGUCAUGGAAAAGCAACGAGUCGCUCGAGCCUAUGACAAGCGAACAAGGGGAAGGAAUUACAGCGAAGGAGAGUUGGUUUGGAAAGCAGUCCUCCCGCUUGGCGAAAAAUUAGAUGGUCGCGGCAAAUGGACUCCAAGAUGGGAAGGCCCGUACAUCAUUUAUAAAAUCUUAGGGAAAGGAGCUUUUCAUCUCAAAGACCGGGAUGGAGAUGUCCAUCAUAACCCUAUCAAUGGGAGAUAUUUGAAGAAAUACUUUCUCAAUGUCUGGGACUCAGAGGAGUCGUAG